AUGUCUGGAGAAGGAACAAAAGAGGAAACAGAGUUAGAGACACGGGAACAACCUGUGGAUACUGUGGAAACAUGCAUAGCAGAGAUAAAAUAUGCCCUGCAAGAGGACAAACAUGCAAUAAAUGCACAAACAAAAGGACAUUUUGCCAAAAUGUAUAAUAGAGGAACAAGCUACAUGGAGCAACAGCCACGACCAGUAUAUAGUAUAGAUGAAAUGGACAAUUCAGAUAAUGACACAGGCACCUCCCAGAUAUACCUUGCCUUUGUGCAGGACACAAAGUAUUCUGCAGAUGGAGACGGAGCACAGGUAAAUUGUAUACCAGGUGACAUAUAUCGCAAAUUCUUCUGUAAUGAAUGUCAGCUUGAAACACGACGACUACCAAAACUGAAUGGGAUAUGGAGGAGAGGUCCUCGAUGUUAUUGGACGGUGUCAUACAAAGUGCGCAUAUAG